GCAACUUGUCAAAACCUUUUCGCUUGUCAGUGUCCGCUGAGUACCCACCAAGCACCAGCCGAACCACCGUCCGGCACCAGCAAGCCACCACCAACAUUCCACUCGGAAGUGUUCCUAACUCUCCCACUUUCCCUCCUUCUGCUUCAACCACACUCUUCUCGCUUCUCAGCUCUUCCAACUCUAAUGGCAGCCCAAUGCGUAGCUCUCUGAGAAAACCCCUCUAUCCGCUUCGGCUUUCGCAGCUCCGAUUCGUCUCUCCGAUCCGCGACCUCCAUGGCUCCGUACGCAGCGACUUCGCCCCCGACCCGUGCUCUGUCGAUAGCCGACGACGACGGCGGGAACCGGACCCAGAAGGACGAAUUCGCCGAGAGCAAGCUGGUGGUGCUUCUCUGCCCAUGUCUAUUCUGCGUCAUUCUGCUGCUCAUCAUACUCUCCGUCUUCCUCACCGUCAAGUUCCGCCUUUUCUGCCACACCCCUCUGGGCUCGCUGAUUUACAAGAAGAAAUGCCAUUGACGCUCUCCAAGGCCGUCAAUCUCGCGGGUUCGCCGUAUGUAGGUGCCUUUUGUAGGGAGUUCUGUAGUGUUGAGGAUGGGGGUAUUGAUUCCGACGACGGAAACGUCGAUGGGGAUGAUGAUAGUGAGGGAUAUGGCGUUGGAAAUGAAGGUGCUGGGGCGGAAACUCGGGCUGAUCGGGGCGAGGUGGAUCGUGUAUGCAAGGUGAUCGACGAAUUGUUCGCGCUGGAUCGGAACAUGGAGGCGGUGUUGGACGAGUGCGGGGUCAUUUUGAGUCAUGAUCUAGUGGUUGACGUGCUGAAACGGUUCCGUCAUGCUAGAAAACCGGCGUUCCGGUUCUUCUGCUGGGCAGGGCAGAGGCCCGGUUUUGCCCAUGAUUCAAGAACUUACAAUACGAUGAUGGACAUACUUGGAAAGACGAGGCAGUUUGAGACCAUGGUGUCUGUGCUCGAGGAAAUGGGGACCAAGGGGCACCUGACGAUGGAGACGUUUACGAUUGCAAUAAAAGCUUUUGCUGCUUCUAAAGAGAGGAAGAAGGCUGUUGGGAUGUUUGAGCUUAUGAAGAAGUAUAAGUAUAAAGUGGGUGUUGAUACUAUUAAUUGUUUACUCGAUGCCCUUGGUCGGGCAAAGCUUGGAAAGGAGGCACAGGCGCUUUUCGAGAAGUUGGAGGAGAGAUUCACACCGAAUUUGAGCACUUACACAGUUUUGCUUAAUGGAUGGUGCAAGGUGAGGAAUUUGAUGGAGGCAGGGAGAGUGUGGAACGAGAUGAUUGAUAAAGGAUUUACGCCCGAUGUUGUUGCUCAUAACACAAUGCUUGAAGGGCUUUUGAGGAGCAAGAAGAGGUCGGAUGUAAUUAAGCUUUUCGAGGUCAUGAAGGCCAAGGGACCAUCGCCUAAUGUGCGAAGUUAUACUAUUAUGGUUAGAGACUUUUGUAAGCAAGGUAAGAUGAAAGAAGCUGUUGAGUACUUUGACGAGAUGGUAAAUAAGGGGCAUCAGCCAGAUGCUGCCAUCUACACAUGUUUGAUCACAGGGUUCGGGAACCAGAAGAGGAUGGAUAUGGUGUUUGAAUUGUUGAAGGAGAUGAAGGAAAAGGGUUGUCCACCAGUUGGGAGGACCUAUAACGCUUUAAUUAAAUUGAUGACCAGUCGCAAAAUGCCGGACGAUGCAGUCAGGAUUUAUAACAAGAUGCUUCAAAGUGGCAUUGAGCCAACAAUCCAUACAUAUAACAUGAUGAUGAAGUCCUUCUUCAUUACAAGAAAUUACGAGAUGGGUUGUGCAGUUUGGGAUGAAAUGGGCCGAAAAGGGUGUUGCCCUGAUGAUAAUUCUUAUACUGUGUUCAUCGGGGGGCUUAUAAGUCAGGGAAGAUCGGAAGAGGCUUGUAGAUGCUUGGAGGAAAUGCUAGAGAAAGGAAUGAAAGCUCCUCAACUCGAUUAUAACAAGUUUGCAGCAGAUUUCUCCAGAGCUGGGAAGCCUGAUAUUCUUGCGGAAUUGGCUAAAAAAAUGAAGUUUUCUGGCAAGUUUGAAGUUGCUAAUGUCUUUGCAAGGUGGGCUGAGAUGAUGAAUAAGAGGAUCAAGAGAAGAGACCCUGUUAAAAGUUAAAACCUGAUGGCUUUGUCCCUGAGUAAGCCAAAUUCCAGGGCAUGGCUGAUCUUAACAAUUAGCGUGAAGAAUUUUCUGUUUGCUCCUUGUUCCGAGCUUGAGUUUCAUGCUAAAGGCAGCAGACUGCCUUAUUGUUUUGUGUUGUAUCACUGCGCGUGUAAAUCACUGAUCCCUUUUUAUUUUUUUUGGGAAAGGAAAGGGUUCAUUGAUCUUUGUUUC